GAUUGACGCACCAACGGUGCUGCUGGCAGCUGUGCCCCUGAGGGCAAGGGGACCAGGCGCGGGCUAGGGGAGAAGAGGACGGGGCCCCCAUCCAGAGCAGCGUGACAGUAGCAGAGACGAUGAGAAGGUCGAUUUCGAGCUUGGCCUGAAGGAGGGGCCCUCCCUUGGGCGCGGUAAGAGACUCAUUCAGUGACAACUUAUUGACUGUCUGAUGGAUCCAGGAUGCUCUGCCAGAUAAAGGCGAGGCAGAAGAAAGUGUAACCAGUAAAGUCUCAAUUUACUUUGAAAGGAAUGUGAUGUUAAUUCUGGGGCAUUGAUGUUUUACAAUGCCUGAUCAAGACAAAAAAGUGAAGACCACAGAAAAAUCAACCGAUAAAAAACAACAAGGAAUCAUCACCAGGGACUAUUCAGAUCUUAAAAGACUUCUGUGCCUUUUGAACGUUCAGUCAAGCAAACAACAGCUUCCAGCCAUUAACUUCGAUAGUGCCAGAAGCAGCAUGACGAAGUCUGAACCUGCCAUCAGGGCGGGUGGACACAGAGCUCGAGGUCAGUGGCCCGAGUCCACAGAAGCCGUUGAACUUGAAAAUUUUAGUAUAAACUACAAGAAUGAGAGAAAUUUCAGCACACAUCCCCAGCAUAAACUAUUUAAGGAGAUUUUUACAGCCUUGGUGAAAAACAGACUCAUAUGCAGAGAGUGGGUUGAUCGAGCCCCAUCUCUUCAUUUUCUGAGAGUAUUAAUUUGCCUGAGACUUCUAAUGAGGGAUCCAUGUUAUCAGGAAAUACUCCAUAGCUUGGGUGGGAUUGAAAACCUAGCUCAGUACAUGGAGAUCGUGGCCCACGGGUACCUCAGCUCCGGGGAGGUGCAGCACAGCGUGGACAAGCUGGUCAACAUGACGUAUAUUUUUCAAAAACUUGCUGCUGUCAAAGACCAAAGAGAAUGGAUCACUACAAGCAGAGCCCACAAGACAUUAGUAAAUUUACUCAGUGCCCGAGAUACUAAUGUUCUGUUGGGUGCCCUUCUGGCUCUGGCUAGUUUAGCUGAAAGUCCAGAAUGUAGGGAGAAAAUAAGUGAACUCAACAUUGUAGAAAAUCUGCUGAUGAUUUUACAUGAAUAUGACUUGCUUUCCAAAAGGCUGACGGCUGAGCUGCUGCGCCUGCUCUGUGCCGAGCGCCAGGUGAGAGAGCAGGUGAAGCUCUACGAGGGGGUCCCCAUCCUCCUCAGCUUGCUGCACUCAGACCACCUACAGCUGCUGUGGAGCGUCGUCUGGAUCCUGGUUCAGAUUUGUGAGGACCCUGAGACCAGUGUGGAAAUUCGCAUUUGGGGAGGCAUCAAGCAGCUUCUUCAUAUUUUACGAGGGGACAGAAAUUUUGUUUCUGAUCAUUCCUCCAUUAGAAGCCUGUCUAGUGCCAAUGCGGCAGGCCGAAUCGAGCAGCUUCAUUUGUCAGAAGAUGUAAGCCCUCGGGAAAUACAAGAAAAUACUUUCUCUCUUCAAGCAGCCUGCUGUGCAGCCGUCACGGAACUGGUGCUCGAUGACACCAACGCCCACCAGGUGGUUCAGGAAAAUGGUAUAUAUACAAUAGCAAAAUUAAUUUUACGAAAUAAACAAAAGAAUGCAGCAAAAACUAAUCUAUUACAGUGUUAUGCAUUCAGAGCCUUGAGGUUUCUCUUCAGUAUGGAAAGAAACAGACCACUCUUUAAAAGACUUUUCCCCACCGACUUGUUUGAGAUCUUCAUUGACAUAGGACAUUAUGUUCGUGAUAUCAGUGCUUAUGAAGAAUUAGUAUCAAAGUUGAAUUUAUUAGUGGAGGAUGAACUGAAGCCAAUUGCUGAAAAUAUUGAAAGCAUUAAUCAGAAUAAAGCUCCUUUGAAAUAUAUAGGCAACUAUGCAGUUUUGGAUCAUCUUGGAAGUGGAGCUUUUGGCUGUGUUUACAAGGUUAGAAAGCGUAGUGGUCAAAAUCUUUUAGCAAUAAAAGAAGUCAAUUUACAUAACCCAGCAUUUGGAAAGGAUAAAAAAGAUCGAGACAACAGUGUAAGGAAUAUUGUUUCUGAAUUAACCAUAAUUAAAGAGCAGCUUUAUCAUCCCAAUGUUGUACGCUAUUACAAAACAUUUCUGGAAAAUGAUAGGUUGUAUAUAGUUAUGGAGCUUAUAGAAGGGGCCCCUCUUGGAGAGCAUUUCAGUUCUUUGAAGGAAAAAAAACAUCAUUUUGCUGAAGAGAGACUAUGGAAAAUAUUUAUACAGCUGUGCCUAGCUCUUCGGUACUUACACAAGGAGAAGAGGAUCAUCCAUAGAGACCUGACGCCAAACAACAUUAUGUUGGGGGAUAAGGACAGAGUAACAGUUACUGACUUUGGCCUGGCAAAGCAAAAACAAGAAAGCAGUAAACUUACAUCUGUUGUAGGAACAAUUCUGUAUUCCUGCCCUGAGGUGCUGAAGAGUGAGCCGUAUGGGGAGAAGGCUGAUGUCUGGGCAGCAGGCUGCAUCCUUUAUCAGAUGGCGACUCUGAAUCCUCCCUUCUACAGUACAAACAUGCUCUCCCUGGCCACAAAAAUAGUGGAGGCGGUAUAUGAACCAGUGCCAGAAGCCAUCUAUUCUGAAAAGGUGACCACUAUCAUCAGCAGAUGCCUCACUCCUGAUGCAGAAACCCGCCCAGAUAUUGUAGAAGUCAGCUCCAUGAUAUCAGAUGUCAUGAUGAAGUAUGUAGAUAAUUUAUCUGCAUCCCAGCUGGCCUUGGAGAAGAAGCUGGAACGGGAACGGAGACGCACACAGAGGUAUUUUAUGGAAGCCAACCGGAACAAAGUCAUGUGUCAGCGCGAGCCAGCUCUUCUCUCUCAAGAAUCCUUUGAGAAGGCAAACUUGAGUAGAAGCAGCAAUGGAGCAGGAAGACUGAAAAGUGAGCUUUCAGAAAACACAGACCUGCCGCCUGAGGGCUUCCAGGCCCCCUGUGAUAAGGACGAAGACCGAGCCUGUGCUGGAAUCUUGUCAGAUGAUAACUUCAACUUGGAAAAUAUUGAGAAAGAUAUAUAUUCAGAGUUCAAUGAUGAAUUGGACACUUUGGAUAACUCCAGCAGCUCCAGUUCAAGCCCUUUGAAGGAAUCUACAUUCAUCACUUUAAAGAGAAGUUUUAGUGCUUCAGGAAGAGAAAGACAAUCUCAAACAAGAGACUUCACUGGUGGAAUAGGAUCAAGACCAAGGCCAGCUUUGCUGCCUCUUGACCUGCUUCUGAAAGUGCCACCCCUCAUGCCCUGGGCCCACGUUAAGGAGCUAGAGGCCGAGUUAGUGAUGGGGUGGCAGUCCCAUAGCCUUCCCGCUGUGAUACUACGCAAUCUCAAAGACCAUGCAUCUGCAGGAAUUGCUCUGUCCCAGAGGAAAGUACGUCAGAUCAGUGAUCCUAUUCAGCAGAUCUUAAUCCAGCUGCACAAAAUCAUCUACAUCACUCAGCUUCCUCCAUCUUUGCACCACAAUUUGAAAAGAAGAGUUAUAGAGAGAUUCAAGAAAUCCCUCUUCAGCCAGCAGAGUAACCCUUGUAAUUUGAAAUCUGAAAUUAAAAAGUUAUCUCAGGGGUCUCCAGAACCAAUUGAGCCCAACUUUUUCACAGCAGAUUACCACUUAUUGCAUCAUGCAUCAGGUCGAAACAGCCUAUCCCUAAAUAACCCAACAGGUCUACCCUCCAGCUUUGAUUUGGAACAGGGGAUAACAUAUGAACAGAUGCAGAUUGUGAUUGAAGAAGUCCUAGAGGAAAGUGGUUAUUACAAUUUUACUUCUAACAGGUAUCACUCCUAUCCAUGGGGGACCAAGAAUCGCCCAACCAAAAGAUGAAAGUGCUGCAUUUUGAAUGGACUUGGUUUUCCCAGUGAAGAUCAAGUU